ACAGAACAGCUGAUAGUUAACGGGAGUCGCCCGAACUUGACGGCGUGCGCCCAAUCUCGGUCCCCGAACAUACCUAUGUGACUUUCCUAACCUCCUAAAUAUACAUGACGGGAAAUACAAUAUAUUUACAAGCGUUGUAAGUUUAUUUGGUGUCUUUAUGAUUGUGCAAAAAGAGAUUUGUUUAAGAGAUGACUACUACACCGAACAAGUCGUUGCAAUUUUCUCCAGUUGCGAUAUCUCCGAGAGCUAAAACCGUUCAAGGGAAGAAUUUAACAGGAAACCCGAGGAUCGUGCGCGACUUGACAGCUGCCAUACAUUCCAAUAUUCAACAGUGGAACACACUGCACUUGAAUGGCCUGUCACUUCUGAAAACAAUCACCAGCUUGAAAACUGACAAUAGUUAUCCAGAAAAGUUGAAACAACCUUGUGAAAAUUUGACUCAAGUUUGCAAUAAGCUUGACAACAUUGUUGAAGCUUUUGGACAAAUAGUCAAUCAGAUGAAAUCCAUAUCUAAAUUGCACAAGAGUAGUGAUCAUUUGUUUUCAACGUGGCCUGUGGAUAAGUUUGUUGCUACAGCUCAUAUGAUUUACGAAUCGUACAAAAAGGAGGCUGAAGUGAAACAAAUUAUAUUGGAAAACGUGGCGCACGACCAUAGAGAUGCCAUGAAAAUGUUGAACCUUGCAGCCUGGGUACACCAAACACAACUACCUGAUAACUUAAAUAUUAAUUUGGAGUCCAUGCUUGUCGAAACUAAGUUGAGAUAA